UAUUUGCACAAUAAAUAAAUAACAUUUCAAAAUAAAAUAAUGUACGUGCUUACGCCACAAUGACGUACGACCGACGCGUGACGUGUCUCCGAGAACACAACAAUGGCGGAUGCUGUGGAGGAAGCUCUUCAGGGAAGCUGGGAUCAGGAUCUAGCUGAGGCUCUGGACUCGGGAAGCUCUGACAUGGAGAUGGACAGAGGCAUCACCCAGGUCCAGGAGCAAUCAGCACAACACAGAGUCAAGAUGUGGAAGAUCGCAUUAAAUGUUUCUGGAAAAGGAGAUAGCUUGUCUCCUUGGGAUGGUGUCCAUGAUUUACCAGAACAGACCCUCAUUCACAACCGCGGUGAACAGCUGAUCGAUCAGCUGGGAAUCCCGGAGGAAGAAAGAAAGGAAAUAGUGUCGGAUGUGGAGUCGGUCAUCACUUUCUACUGCAAGUCUCGCAACAUUACCUUCUGCCCAGAGCUCAGCUGGCCGCAUCUGCUCAAACCGCUGCUGGGGCUGCAGCUGCCGCGCAGCGAUCUCUACAACUGUUUCUAUGCCAUCAUGAACAAAUACGUCCCUAGGGACUGUGUGCAGAAAGGCCGGCCCUUCCACCUCUUCAGACUGCUGCUGCAGUAUCAUGAGCCGGAGCUCUGCUCCUUUUUGGACACCAAAAAGAUCACACCUGACUCUUAUGCUAUCAACUGGAUGGGCAGUCUGUUUUCCAGCCACUGCCUUCCUGAAGUUACCCAGACCCUAUGGGACUCCUACCUCCAGCAGGCUGACCCCUUCCUCAUCUUCUUCCUCAUGCUCAUCAUCCUUGUCAAUGCCAAAGAAACCAUUCUCACACAAGAAGGAGCCAGCAAGGAGGACGUCAUCAAAAUGUUGGAAGCAUCUCCUUCUCUCCUGGAGUCUGAGGACAUUGAAGAUUUGUUUUCACUGGCUCAGUAUUAUCAGAGCAAAACCCCCCUGUCGCUCAGAAAGAUGAAUCAGAACCUGUUUGGUAGCAGCUUGGUGGCUCUGAAAGAGGAAGACACUGAUCUGAGUCAGGCAAUGUGCCUCCCUGUGUCAGUUCCUGAAAUCCUGCAGGCAAACCAGCUGCAGCAGGAUGGGGUCCGUUUCUUUGUGGUGGACUGUCGGCCUGCAGAGCAGUACAAUGCAGGACAUCUAUCCACAGCCUUUCACCUGGACUCUGACCUGAUGCUCCAGAACCCCUCUGAGUUUGCUCUCUCUGUAAAAUCCCUGCUGGAGACUCAGAAGCAGUCUUUGGAGUCGGGCUCCAUCGCCAGCGGGGAGCACCUGUGCUUUAUGGGAAGUGGCAGAGAAGAGGAGGACAUGUACAUGAACAUGGUGCUGGCUCAUUUUCUUCAGAAAAACAAAGAAUACGUGAGCAUCGCCAAAGGAGGGUUUAUGGCUCUCCAGAAACAUCUGGUCGACAUGAACAUCGAUGGUCUUGACUCCUCCUACGUCAGCUGGAUUGUCAGCACGUCUGGAUCUCACAGCAGCCUGAGCUCUCCUGAUGGCGAGGCUUUCGGCCCCGGAGACAAAAGUGUCAAGUCUCUGGUCAACAAAAUGACGUUUGCUCUCAAGUCAAAGUCGGUGAAUGUGAAAGAGAAGAUGAUCAGCUUCAUUGAGAACACUUCGACUCCUGUAGACAGAAUAUCUUUCAAUCUGCCCUGGCCAGAGAAGGUGAUUCCCGAUCGGCACGUAAGCAGCAGUGACCGCGUCGGAAAACCUUAUCGGGGGGUGAAGCCUGUCUUCAGUAUAGCUGAUGAAGAAGAAUACGACACAGAUGAGAUUGACAGCUCAUCCAUGUCGGACGACGACCGCAAGGAAAUAGUCAACAUUCAGACGUGGAUGAACAAACCAGAUGUUAAGCAUCACAUUCCAUGUAACGAGGUGAAGGAAACCGGUCACAUGUUCCCGAGCCACUUGCUGAUCACAGCCACUCACAUGUACUGCUUGAGGGAGAUCGCUUCCAGGAAGGGCUUUGCGUACAUCCAGUCCAGACAAGCUCUGAGCUCCGUGGUGAAGAUCACAUCCAAGAAGAAGCACCCAGAGCUCAUCACAUUCAAGUUUGGGAGCAACAAUCCAGGCAAUGUGGAGAUAUCUGCAGUGGAGAGAUAUUUGAUACCCAACGCAGGCGACGCCACCAAGGUUAUCAAGCAGCAGAUAAUGAAAGUUCUGGACGCUCUGGAGAGCUCAUAGAUCACAGUGACUGCCCACAACACAAAACAACAACACAAAGCUGCAAGAGUGUCCUCCUGCUCUCCCCGAGCGUCGCUCCUCCUGGACAGAUCCCGGUGCUGCGUUCACCAUGACGCUCCAUGUCUCUGAUUUCGGACGCCGCUGCCAACAGCAGACUUGUGGGCCGGUCUGCACGAGUCCAAACCCCUCGGGUGCUCUGCAGUUAUCCAAACAUUUGGUCAUAGUGUGUGUGAGGUGUGGGCUUCUUUCAGGAAAAACAUGGGACGUCAUCGUAGCUCAUUUCGGCUUUGGUCUCCCCCGGCCUUAACGUAGCAAAGCUGGUCAGCCGGUGGCAGACGGACCGUUCUCGACUGACCUUUUCCUUAAGCUUGAGCAUCGCUGUUUAACCAACGUCUUUCUUUGAGUUGCAUUUUCGUCGCAGUGCUGGCACAUGAGGCAGGUUUCCAACUGCUACUAUAGUUUUGAUAACUUUUCUUUUCCAGCAAGCAGCCUUAAAUAGGAAUUUGACAAUGUUUAUAAAUAUUUAAUGUACAUAGUAUGUAAGCGGCUCUAUAUCAGCACAGACCUCUGCAAAUUCCUACUGAACGUAUAGAGUAGAUGUGUGGAGCACUUUAAGCUGACCUUGUUCCUGCAGUAAGAAUGAAGCCGUUCAGUGUUUCUGGAGAGACGCGUCGUUCUCUAGUGUUCCUGAUCGUCUGAGCUCUUAGAGAUCAUCACACACACAGCAGUAUCUUCAGUUUAAAACAUCUGGAACGCUACGUUCUCUCCAGUUUGCUGUGUUAAAAAUGUUCCUGCAUAAUCCAGAGGAAAUGCACUUGCUGCCAGCUCCAAUAAAUAUGAAAGUAAUUAUGAGGAUGGUGCUGCAAAGGUAUAAUACAUUCAUGAUCUAGUUUUCUCAGAUGGCUGAGUCGGGAUCCCAUCGUUGCCUUUGGCCUCAUGGCUGCUGCGGGUUUUUGGCCCCAGCAGGGGCAACAUAUCAGACCAUCGCUGUUUGUCCUUUGACUCUAAACCCUCUUCAGGCUUUCUUUUUCCCCUCUUUGCUUGUUUACUUUAAAACCAUCUCGUCUCAGAGUCCCGCUUUCAAUCCUGUGUGACUGCUGCAGUCCAGAGUUCCUCCAGCACUACCGUUUAUGAAACAUCACACUAACCAAAACAAAAGGCACAUGGAAGAAACUGGUCUCUCAAAGCAUUCCUGUGUAAUCCUUUGCAUCGUGUUGUAAUUUGUAAUUUUGUGAUAAUUUUCAGUAUUUACUGGAUUAUUCCUGACUAACAUCUGAAACAGCUCUGGAUUACUGUUGGUCAGGAUUACAAACUGUCUGAUUCGCACCUUACUGUACUGCUAUUGUUUUCUAAGUGUUUCUGUUUGUAAUAAAUGGAAAUGAUUGGACUGCA